UCCGGGCCUUUGGCUACCAGGAGGCCGAGGGCCCCCGCCAGGCUUGCAGCCGCCUCCACCGCCUUUGCCGCCAGUGGCUGGAGCCGGAAUGGCGGCCCAAGAAGCAGGUCUUGGACCUGGUGGUGCUGGAGCAGUUCCUGGCCGUCCUGCCCCCGGAGAUGGAGAGCUGGGUGCGGGAGUGCGGGUCGGAGAGCAGCGCCCAGGCCGUGGCCCUGGCGGAAGGCUUCCUCCUGAGCCAGGCGGAGGAGCGGCGGCAGGGAAUGGGAUGACACUCAGCAUUAGCAAGAUAACACAGGUGGCUCCUUCUCCUCCUCUUUGUGGUGGUCUGGACAGAGCAUCUGGGCAGACGGAACAGGCCCCGGUGACCUUUGAGGAGGUGGCUGUGCAUUUCACGGAGGCGGAGGGGGCACUGCUGGAUCCAGGCCAGAAGGCUCUGCACACAGACAUCAUGGAGGAGAAUUAUGGGACCCUGGUCUCCCUGGGGCUUCCGGUUCCCAGAUGGGAUCUCAUCUCCUGGCGGGAAGAAGAGGAUGAUCCCUUUGUCCGGGGCCCUGAGGAAGGGGAGAGACCAGCAGGGCUUCCGGUUCCCAGAUGGGAUCUCAUCUCCUGGCAGGAAGAAGAGGAUGAUCCCUUUGUCCGGGGCCCUGAGGAAGGGGAGAGACCAGCAGUUGAUGGCAGGGAGAGCAAUAAAAAUGGCAAACAACAGAGAAGCAAAACUGAAGGUGAACACAAGGGGCAGAAUGAAUCCAGUCCUUUGGAUGAGGCUGGAUUCUAUGAAAUGCCGAUACAACAAGAAUGUUUUGAAGAAAUUGAAAUAAUUCUUCAGGAUGAAGCGAAAGCGUGGAAAUGCUCUGAGUGUGGAAAGAGCUUCAGUCAUAGGUAUAUCCUUAAACUCCAUCAAAGAAUUCACACGGGGGAGAAGCCCUAUAAAUGCUCAGUGUGUGGAAAGAGCUUCAGUGGAAGCUCCGACCUUAAAAAACAUGAAAGAAUUCAUACAGGAGAGAAGCCCUUUAAAUGCUCAGAGUGUGGAAAGAGCUUCAAUGGAAGCUCUGACCUUAAAAAUCAUCAAACAAUUCACACAGGGGAGAAGCCCUAUCAAUGCUCAAUGUGUGGAAAGAGCUUCAGUCGAAGCUCCAUCCUUAAACAACAUGAAAAAAUUCAUACAGGAGAGAAGCCCUAUAAAUGCACAGAGUGUGGAAAGAACUUCAGUCAUAGGUAUAUCUUUAGACGCCAUGAAAGAAUUCACACAGGGGAGAAGCCCUAUAAAUGCUCAGUGUGUGGAAAGAGUUUCACUGGAAGCUCCAACCUUAAGCAACAUGAAAGAAUUCAUACAGGAGAGAAGCCUUAUAAAUGCUCAGAGUGUGGAAAGAGCUUCAGUCAUAGGUAUUUCCUUAAACUCCAUCAAAGAAUUCACACAGGGGAGAAGCCCUAUAAAUGCUCAGUGUGUGGAAAGAGCUUCAGUGGAAGCUCCGACCUUAAAAGACAUGUAAGAAUUCAUACAGGAGAGAAGCCCUAUAAAUGCUCAGUGUGUGGAAAGAGCUUCAGUGGGAGCUCCGAACUUAAAAUUCAUCAAACAAUUCACACAGGGGAGAAGCCCUAUCAAUGCUCAGUGUGUGGAAAGAGCUUCAGACAGCAGUCCCAGCUUAAAUCACAUCAAAGAAUUCACACAGGAGAGAAGCCCUAUAAAUGCUCAGUGUGUGGAAAGAGCUUCAGUGGAAGCUCCGACCUUAAAAGACAUGAAAGAAUUCAUACAGGAGAGAAGCCCUAUAAAUGCUCAGAGUGUGGAAAGGGCUUCAAUGGAAGAACCGAGCUUAAAAAUCAUCAAACAAUUCACACAGGGGAGAGGCCCUAUCAAUGCUCAGUGUGUGGAAAGAGCUUCAGACGGCAGUCCCAGCUUAAAUCACAUCAAAGAAUUCACACAGGAGAGAAGCCCUAUAAAUGCUCAGUGUGUGGAAAGAGCUUCAGUCGGAGCACCCACCUUAAACAACAUCAAAUAAUUCACACAAGAGAGAAGCCCUAUAAAUGCUCUAAAUGUGAAAAUAAAGUCACAGAGCAAUGAACUUUACUCACAUCAAAGAAUUCACACAGG